UUCCAUGCAGUGUUGCGUUCAUCGUCCAGCGCCCUCUACCAGCUCCCUCCAUCCGUAACACACCGCCUCCUCCCGAUGGCCAUCAGUAAUCGUACGCAAGAUUUCGUCGAAGUCGUCAGACAAAGAAAGGGAGAUAACCCCUCCUCACGACCUCGUCGGACACCAUCCGGAGGUGACAACGACGCAGGAUUCGGAAAGCAUUAUAUGGAGGAGGCCAGAAAUAUUCUCAAGCAUAUAACAGAUUUGACGCGAAUGCUUGCCGCCAUCCGUAAACCGUACUUGAAUGUCAACUCACAACAAACGCCUUUUAGUUCCACUUCCAGGACUAUAGACUUCAAUGGGUCAGCGUCUUGGGCCGACAUAAAACAGCUUUCGAAUCAGGAACGAGACGAAAUUGACUUGCAAGCUCGCCUCAUUCUCAGUCGAUGUGCUGACAGAGUGAAAGAGAUGGAAGCACUCGAGAAGCGUCGUGCAGAAAUCCUUGCUAGUAAAACGAACCUCAUAACACGUCUUCUACCUGCAAGACUGAGGCAGGAUGACACUUCUUUGACAAACAAAACCAUCGCUGCUCACCGCUCCAGUGUUACCUGGUAUCUUAACCGACGACUCGCUGAAGCAAGUCAGAAUCAAAAGGAAAUGCAGGAGGAACGCGUCAAACGUCAGCUUGAGCGGUCACGAAAUUUGAGUUCUGGAGCAACCUUUGAAGCCCAGAAUUUCAGUGCUAGUAGCUCGCGUCCCGAUAGAGGUUCCGGUGGCAACUGGUUCGGAGGUGCCUCUACUAGCAUCAUAGCGGCAACUAUCGGAGCACCGAUCCCAUCCUCUGGAAACCGUGAUAACCCCCAAACAUCAAUCGCCGAGACUGACUUGCCAUACGACGAGGAGGAUGACGACGAUAUAGAACUCUCAGCCUCGCAGAUCCAACAAUUUGAAACAGAGAAUGCUAACCUUCUACGCGACGUGCAAAACAAGUUGGAAGCUGUACAACAAGCUGAAUCACGGCUACUGGAAAUAAGUGCAUUGCAGGCGGAACUGAUUACCCAUUUAACCGCUCAGACAGAAUUGAGCGAACAGUUAUACGAAGAUGCCAUUGCCACUACGUCAACUGUAGAGAAGGGGAAUGAGCAGCUGAAGGAAGCCAAGAGAAGGACAAAGGACAGCAGGUUGUACAUCCUGGUUUUCCUCAUUGGCGCCAGUAUGAGUCUAUUAUUCCUCCAUUAUUAUUAG